ACGCUGUAGCAGUCACUGGCAAAGUAGCUAGCAUUCUGUCAGAGUUCAGACAGUUUAGGUAACAAUUUGUCAAUUGUGUAGCUCUCUUUGGCAGCAUGACCAGUGUUCUACUUUAGGAAUAUGUCUUCUUAUAAAAUGAACUAUGUGUUAUUAUGCUAGUUAUUUGUAAACAUUGGUUUUAGCUAGCAUUUUCAUAAGUUAGACGAUUGACAAGAUAAACGCUGAAGUUCCUUCGGAAAGAGAUGGCUAAUGCUAUGCUGACCAGAGGUAGCUUAUGUAGCAGUUUAGUCAGUUAGCCAGCUGACUAAGACAUGGAAAUGUUAAAUAUUUCCAUAAGGAUUUAGAUAAAUAAAUCACAGUUCAUACGGUCAACAAUUUGAGGGUCUGUCAUUAAAACCGCAAGCAGUAGCUGUAAAACUGUGGUCCUGGCUGGUUGGUGGCCUUGGAAGUUAGCAGAAGGCUAUUAGCUGCACGUCUGGAUCAUCUACCAGAGGACAAGAGAAACACAGUGAGCUAAAAAGGCUGCUGUCCCAAAGAGUGGUGCAUGUUGCUGAUGGCUUCCCUGCCAGCCAUGGACACUAUGACUAACUCAUGCCCUGCGGUGCAUCAAAAUGGCACCGCCCAUCGGGAAGCUCCAGACACAAGGCCAGCCACUGUAGUUCUGAGGCUUCAUUUCUAUCACAGCAACCAGGGAGCAGCCAACUGCAGCUUUCUCAGCUACCCACCUGGGGAUUAUGUGGCUGAAGAGCUGUGUAUAGAUGCAGCCAAGGCAUGCAGUAUAUCACCUUUGUACUGCAGCCUUUUUGGUCUCUUCCGAGAGCGAGAUCGCUUGUGGUUUUCACCCAACCACAUCUUCCAGCUUGAUGAUUCGGCUUCUGAAGAAGUGUUUUUUAGAAUACGGUAUUACUUCCCUGGCUGGUACAGUAGUGGAGCAUCCAGAGCUUAUCGAUAUGGGAUCAAAAAGGGGACAGAAAGUCCAGUUCUUGAUGACCUUGUAAUGUCGUACCUCUUCUCUCAGUGGAGAAAUGACUUUGUGAAUGGUUUGGUGAAGAUUUCCAACUCCCAUGAGACUCAAGAAGAGUGCCUUGGUAUGGCUGUGCUGGACAUGACAAGAACGGCUAAGGAGAGACAGAUGUCACCCCUGGAUAUUUAUCACACUAUAAGUUACAAGUCCUUCUUGCCAAAGGACAUGAGAACUCAGAUCCAGGACUGCAAUUUCUUAACACGUAAACGAAUCCGCUUCCGCUUCAAGCGCUUUAUCCAGCAGUUCAGUCAGUGUCGGACCACAGUCCGCGAUCUGAAGCUCAAAUACCUCAUCAGCAUCGAGUCGCUGGAGAAAGCCUUCUACACAGAAACCUUCGAGGUCAAGGAUCCAUCCAGCGAACAGCUCAUCAUCCUGGUUGCAGCAGAUACUGGAAUACAGUGGUGUCGAGAAAAAUUGAAAGAUUCUGACCAGGAGCUGCAGACUUUGUGUGACUUCCCCGAUGUCACUGACAUUAACAUCAAACAGGCCAGCAAAGAGGAUGCUGCAGAAAGCCGGAUGGUCACCAUCAAUAAGCAAGAUGGCAAAAAUCUGGAACUUGAGUUUCCCAACCUGUCUGAAGCCCUCUCCUUUGUUUCCCUGAUUGAUGGCUACUAUCGACUGACCACAGAUGCACAUCACUACCUUUGUAAAGAAGUUGCACCUCCAAGACUUGUUGAGGCUUUAUAUUCUCAUUGCCAUGGCCCCAUUUCAGUGGAGUUUGCUGUCAACCGCCUUCAAAAGUGUGGCAACAAGCGGGGGUUGUACAUUUUAAGAUGUAGCCCCAAAGACUUUAACAAAUAUUUUUUGACUUUCCCAGUGGAGGUGUAUGAUGCAGUAGAUUACAAGCAUUGCCAGAUUACCAGGUCUGCAGCCGGAGAGUUUAAUCUCAGUGGAACAAAAAGAAACUUCAGCAGUCUGCAGGAACUGCUCAGCUGCUACCAAAAGGAAACCGUUCGCUCUGACAGCAUCAUUUUCCAGUUCAGCAAAUGCUGUCCUCCUAUGUCCAAAGAAAAGUCCUGCCUCCUCGUGUGCAGGAGUAACAAGGGCUCAGAAGUGCCUCUGUCUCCAUCCCCACAACGGCACAACAUUAGCCAGAUGGUGUUCCACAAGAUCAGGAAAGAAGAUCUGGAAUUUACGGAGAGUCUUGGACAAGGGACAUUUACAAAGAUCUUCAGAGGGGUCCGAAAGGAACUCGGAGACUAUGGCUGUGUGCACCAAACAGAAGUUGUCAUGAAAGUUUUGGACCUGGCACACAGGAAUUAUUCUGAGUCUUUCUUUGAAGCAGCCAGCAUGAUGAGCCAGUUGUCUCAUAAGCAUCUGAUUCUCAACUACGGCGUGUGUGUCUGUGGGGAAGAAAACAUCAUGGUGCAGGAGUAUGUGAAGUUUGGCUCACUGGACACCUACUUGAAAAAGAACAAGAACUCAAUUAACAUUCUGUGGAAGCUUGAAGUGGCAAAGCAGCUGGCCUGGGCCAUGAACUUCCUGGAAGAAAAGCAUCUUGUUCAUGGGAAUGUAUGUGCCAAGAAUGUUCUGCUGAUCAGAGAAGAGGACCGCAGGGCUGGAAAUCCCCCUUUUAUCAAACUCAGUGACCCUGGUGUCAGCAUCACUGUCCUGCCAAAAGAAAUCCUGAUUGAGAGGAUCCCUUGGGUGCCCCCUGAAUAUAUCAAAGACUCUGUCAAACUGAGCCUGGCAGCAGACAAGUGGAGCUUUGGCACCACAUUAUGGGAAAUUUGCAGUAGUGGAGAAAAACCUCUAGCAGCACUGGACAGCUCUAAGAAAAUCCUGUUCUAUGAGGACCGCCAGCAUCUUCCUGCACCAAAGUGGACCGAACUGGCUAAUCUGAUUACCAGCUGCAUGGACUACGAGCCCACAUUCAGACCCACAUUUCGUGCAGUUAUCCGUGAUCUUCACAGCCUCUUCACACCAGACUAUGAGUUGAUUGUUGACAGCGACAUCCUGCCAAAUAGGACUGUGGGCUCUAGCUGGACAACUGGAGGGUUUGAGAACCAGGAGCCAGCUCAGUUUGAAGAAAGACACCUCAUUUUCUUACAACUCCUGGGAAAGGGAAACUUUGGCAGUGUGGAGUUGUGCCGCUAUGACCCGCUGCAGGACAACACAGGAGAGGUCGUGGCUGUGAAGAAACUCCAGCACAGCACCGCAGAGCACAUACGAGACUUUGAGCGGGAGAUCGAGAUAUUAAAAUCUCUGCAGCAUGAGAACAUCGUGAAGUACAAGGGUGUUUGUUACAGUGCAGGUCGACGAAAUAUUCGUCUCAUCAUGGAAUAUCUUCCCUUUGGAAGCUUGCGGGAUUAUCUAAUGAAAAACAAGGAGAGGAUCGACCACAAAAAACUUGUCCAUUAUGCCUCUCAGAUCUGCAAGGGAAUGGAAUACCUGUCAAGUAAGCGGUAUAUCCACAGAGACCUGGCAACACGUAAUAUCCUUGUUGAGAGCGAGUUGAGAGUGAAGAUUGGUGAUUUUGGCCUCACCAAAGUUCUGCCUCAGGACAAAGAGUACUACAUGGUCAAUGAGCCAGGAGAAAGUCCCAUAUUCUGGUAUGCACCCGAGUCCUUGACCGAAAGCAAGUUUUCUGUGGCGUCAGAUGUCUGGAGCUUUGCAGUGGUGCUUUAUGAGCUCUUUACCCACAGCGACAAGAACUGCAGUCCUCCUGCAGUUUUUAUGUCUAUGAUGGGCAACGACAAGCAGGGACAGCUGAUUGUUUAUCACCUCAUCGAGCUCCUCAAAUCAGGCAGCAGGCUGCCUCAACCUCUGGAUUGCCCAACAGAGAUACAAGAAAUCAUGGAGGAGUGCUGGGAUAAAGACUCCACUUUGCGUCCUUCUUUCAAGGAGUUGGCCCUGCGUAUCGACCUGUUCAGGGACAGUAAGGAGUUUUAAAAUCGCCUGAAGUGCCCUGCUCCUCUCCAGCAAAGACACUCAAAAUGUAGUUGCCCUGAAUGUGGCAAAGGGAAAAGCGAGGUCCCUCUCCCACUGGUUGCCGGCAUGUGGCCAAGCAGCACAGCUGGAAGAGUGGUCGUUUCAGAAUGAGGAUCUGCUCAAAACCUACUGCCGAGGUGCCUUUCAGCGGGCACGUUUCUGUUGCAGCCUAGUGGCCUGGAGCAGAUUGGAAACGUCUGGAUGGUCAAACUGUUGAAGGUUGUGUUGCUGUAAGAGCAAAUGUUUGGUCAAAGUUUAAAAGAAGACUUGAAGAGUUUGUAGUGACUGUGGUAAGAUUGUUGCCAGACCUGAAGCUAGAGAAGCUUGACGUAAACAAGUUGUGUGUGUGUGUGUGUGUGUGCGCGUGUGUGUGAGUGAAAUAGAGAGAGCAUGUGUGCUUGAAUAUGUGUGUCCAUAAAAAUAGCUAGCUGGGCUAGCUCUUGCCAUUCCCCAUGUGCUGUCACCUGAGGAGAAAUGGACAAUAUUACUGCAGUAUUUUUGUGUACAUAUGUUCAGAAAAAUUUUAUAAUUUUAUAAAAAUUAAAAUAUGGUAAAAAACUAUAUUUGAAACGCCGGCAAAGCGUUGUUGUAAAUUAAGUACGCAAAAAGAUUACUUUAAAAAUUUGUCAUUGUUCGUUUUUAAAUGUGAACAGUGGUGUGAAAAUUAAAGAACAUAUCUGUGAAGCUAA